GGUCGCGGCCAAUCAUUUUGUAGCCGGUCGCCCCUCCUCUCGCCCCUGCUCCACUUGGGUUCGAGCGGCUGCCCCUCUAAGAUGUAAACAAGGCCUCGCGCUCCGACCGUUAGAGGGAGGGGCAGUGUAUGUGUUUGGCAAACCUGGAGAAUGCCCUAAGACAUGGGCUCCCGCAGCAGUAGCAACGCUGGCUCUGGGGGCCGGGAUAACCAAGGCAGCUGGUCUCAGAGGGACUCAGGGAUCCUGCGCAGUGAGGACGAGGACGACGAGGAUGUGGAUCUGGCCCAGGUACUGGCAUAUCUACUGCGCAGGGGACAAUUUCACCUGAUGCAGGGAGGGGGAACCGCCGGUGCCCGGGUGUUCCAGGCGCUUUCUGAUUCGGAUGAUGACACUGACAAUGCUUGGGAAGGACGAUUAGGAGAUCAGUACAAGCCCCCAGUGGAUCUGACACCCGAUACUCGUGAUCUUGAGUGCAACGAGAUCAAAACGCGCAUCCAGUUAGCAACAGGCAGGCUUGGCCCAGGGCGAGGUGACCAUAGCAUCCCAAGACUACUUUGCCAGAGGGAGCGAGGCCUUUGUCAUAACAGCAGUUUCUCUGCUGGAGAGUGUUCGCAGAUGGUGUCGCACUUCCUCCCCAAUCACUUGACCUUCACAGACUCCUAUUCUCAGAAAGCCUUCUGUGGGAUCUAUUCCCGCGAUGGACAGGUCUUUAUGUCUGCUUGUCAAGACCAGCGAAUCCGCUUAUAUGACUGUGCCUAUGGAGCCUUCCGGAACUUCCGGAGUAUCAAAGCCCGAGACGUAGGCUGGAGCGUGCUGGAUGUAGCCUUUACUCCAGACGGGGCCCGUUUCCUCUACUCCAGUUGGUCAGACUAUAUUCACAUCUGCAACAUCUACGGUGAGAGUGAGACCCAGACAGCACUGGAUUUGAGGCCCGAUGAACGCCGCUUUGCUGUCUUUUCCCUCGCAGUCUCCUCAGAUGGAAGGGAAGUGCUUGGCGGGGCCAACUACGGCUGUGUCUACGUGUUUGACCUGGAGCAGAAUAAGCGAACGCUCAAGAUCGAGUCCCACGAAGAUGACGUGAAUGCUAUCGCCUUUGCUGACAAUAGUUCCCACAUCCUGUUCUCGGGGGGCGAUGACGCCAUCUGCAAAGUGUGGGACCGGCGCACCCUGAGAGAGGAUGACCCCCGGCCUGUGGGGAUCUUGGCAGGCCACCAGGAUGGCAUCACCUUCAUCGACAGCAAAGGGGACGCUCGGUACCUCAUCUCCAACUCCAAGGACCAGACAAUUAAGCUGUGGGACAUGCGCAGGUUCUCGAGUCAGGAGGGCCUCGAAGCAUCCCGGCACGCUGUCACCCAGCAGAACUGGGAUUACCGCUGGCAACAGGUGCCCAAGAAAGCCCGGCGUAAAUCGAAGCUCCCAGGCGACACGUCCCUCAUGACCUACCGGGGCCAUGGAGUGCUGCACACCCUGAUCCGCUGCCGUUUCUCCCCUCCUCAUAGCACCGGCCAGCAGUACAUUUACAGUGGAUGCUCCACAGGGCGGGUGGUAGUGUAUGAUCUCCUGAGUGGCCUCAUUGUGAAGAAACUGAUCAAUCACCAAGCAUGCGUCCGGGAUGUGAGUUGGCACCCCUACGAGGAGAAGAUUGUCAGUAGCUCGUGGGAUGGAAAUGUGUGUCUCUGGGAGUAUCACCAAACAGAAUAUGAUGAAGAUGAUCUUGGAGACCCCAAGCAGCUUCUAACUACCAGAGAAAAGUACCCCAAGUUGGCAGGAGCCCCACACCAGUAGCCUUUUCUUGCUGUUUGCUGCUGUUCUCCAGUUUUGGACUUGCUGAGGGCUGUCAGUGAGGGGAAAUAUGUCUUGUCUUGCCAAUGGUUUGAGGGUGUUUGAGAGGAUGGGAAGGUGAAAGUGUCAUGUUAACACACCCCUCCUGAGUUACAGCUCUUCCAUCACUGAAACCUUAGGCAUAAUUGGCUUGAGGAAAUGGGUAUCAUUCCGUAUGCGGAUCAUAAGGAUAGUUAGAUGACAAUUAAGAGAAAAGUUUGCAGGCAAAAGAAAUGACAGAAACAACACAGCUGGAUGUCUUUGUCUCAUGACUCUGGAGCCCUCCGGAUGAGUUGGCCUCCCAUCCCACCAAUCUUGGUCUGAUGGUCAAGUGAGGCUGUUGCUAGGGGAUGAGGGGCAUUGUAAUCCACAACAUCUUGAGGGCUAAGGCCGGGGACAGUGGCACCGGUCGCCCCUGAGGGCACUUGGAAUGAAACCUACUGUUUAGGGGCAUAAAAUCAUGAAGCAAAACUGCCCCAACAGCGGUCGGUCCUUGCUGGCUCUGGGCAGGUACUCCCCCUGCCUCCCUGUAGAACGGCCUCAGCAACGUAUAGGAUUGUUGGCCACCUUAGCAAAGAAGGUGGAAGCAACUAGAUUCUUUCAUGCCUUUUCGGGGCACCUUGUAAGACUUGACCUCGUUCUGGAGCUUAUCAGGGAAUGGAAAAAUUCAUUUUCUCUAGGUCUGAGCAGUUGAGAGGCGAUGCGGGUAGUGGCAGCUGCAUGCAGUCUUCAAAUAGAAACCUGUGGGUUGAGAUCCUGAAAGAUCCCUUGUGUUCAGAAGAUCCUCUAGGACAGUGUUUCUCAACUUUGGCCACUUGAAGAUGGGUGGAGUUCAACUCCCAGAGUUUCUGAGCCAGCAUGGCUGGCUAGGGAAUUCUGGGAGUUGAAGUCCACCCAUCUUCAAGUGGCCAAAGUUGAGAAACACUGCUCUAGGAUGACUGAAACGGCUCCCCCUUUGUUUGAAGAGGGAUGGCAUGUGUUCACUGACGCUUACGAUUCUCUGGGCCUUGCAGGACAUUUCUAGGGCGAUGAGAAAAUGUCGCCUGUUUUUAUAGACUCUGGCAGAGGGACAGUUGAACUAAAGAUGGGGGUGGUACAUUUCGUUCUUCCUGUGCAGCUGCCAGCCUCUUCCUCUUCUCUCAGAUGCUCAUUCCCAUAUUUUUGCUUCACAUUGACCCCCAAAUCUCCCCAUUGCCCUCAGUCAUCCCAAGGACCAGGGGCUCCUCUCUGCCCCUUCCUUCUGAAGGGGCAGGCCUCUUUAGAAAGGGGUAGGGGCGGGCGUCAUCUUUAGCUUUUUCCUCUUGAGCAAAGGUGGCUGCGCGGGGGGUCCCAGCUCCGGGGUUCCUGCUGCGGCUGCUCCAUAUCGUUUGCUGUGUUUCCGAAAUGGCCUCACCUCCCCUGUAAAUAUAACAGUGAGGCUUCUGCAAGGUGCCUUUCUGGCACCCGAAGAGUUUUUUAAAAAAUAAGUGGGUUGAAUGGGUGACUGAAGAGUGCUGCGUGUUGCUUUUAAGUGUGAGGAAGCAGGAGAAAUCCUGGUUCAUUUUCUCUAGUUGAAGGAGGAGCCCUCCAUCCUGCCCCCACAUCCUGCCUUCUGGGUGAGAGAGGGCCAUCCUGGGGUUCAUUUCCAAAUCUUGGUUUUGUAGGCGGGAGGGGGGUGGUCUGCACAUCUCUGUUCGGGGGUUCUGCAAACAGCUGUCCGUGUCAAUAAAAGUGGUUGAAAUUUGA